UGGUCGGUCGAGUCGGAGAGCCUUCCAGAUUGCGUCAAGAGACAGGCAAUCAUUCAAGCUUUAGCAACAUUUUAGCGAUUUUGUGGAAACCGUGCAUAAUAAUUACGUUUCAUUCGCUAUACCUGUGCAUUGUUUUCUUUUUUUUUUUUUUUUUUGCAAUUGUGUAUAUAUUAUUUUCAAAUUUACACAAGGAAUUGAUGUAUCUCUAGUCUACCUGCAAAUGUUUUAUGCCUACCAGCAUGUGUUUUCUAUUCUAACUGUUAUAGCUCCUUUGAUGAGCGUUUCCUGCUACAUGUUGACUGUAGGAUAAGGUAUUUCACUAGACCCAGCCGCUGACCAGAACCAUGACGGCCUUUCUUGCACAAACCGAACAGGUAUCCCCACGCGUUAUCCGAAUUCUUGGCUGCAAUCCUGGGGCGUUUACCCUGCAAGGAACAAAUUCAUAUGUCGUUGGGACUGGCGAUAAACGCGUUUUGAUCGAUACCGGAGAUAAGGAGAAACCAGAGUACAUAGCAAAUUUGAAAAAAGUACUCAAGGAAUCGGGAGCAACAAUCCAAGAAAUAUUGACAACACAUUGGCAUCAUGAUCAUACAGGCGGAAUCGCCGAUAUUUUUAGGGAAUUACAACUUCCGGACGAUGUGAAAAUUUCUAAGUUUCCAAGGAACCCGGUCCGAGAAGAAACCAUUGUGGGCGGAGAAGGUCGCCUUAAGUACAAUUACUUGAAUGAUGGAGACAUCAUAAAGACCGAAGGAGCAACUCUAAAAGCGAUGCACACUCCAGGUCAUUCUGAUGAUCACAUGGUUCUGUUCCUGGUGGAAGAGAAUGCUGUUUUUACUGGGGAUUGUAUACUAGGAGAAGGCACUGCAGUUUUUGAAGAUCUCUUAACGUACAUGCAAUCAUUGCAGAAACUUGUGGAUUCAGCUCCAGAUAUUUUAUACCCAGGCCAUGGACCUUUUGUUAGUGAUGCCGUCGCUAAGAUUCAAAUGUACAUAGACCAUCGUAACACGAGGGAAGAGCAGAUUAUGGACGUGCUUGCUAAAAAUGGUAAACCUAUGGAAUCAAUGGAUAUAGUGAAGAUAUUAUAUGCUGAAGUUGGCGAACACCUACACCGUGGUGCAGAAGUGAAUGUGCGUAACCAUCUUACUAAACUUGAAAAGGAAAAUAAAAUUUAUAAAAUAAACAGCGACAUGAUUUUGAAAUGGAAAACGCGGCACUAAUACAAUGGCAAUCUCUGUAACUCUGUCCAGGUUAUCAAAUUCCUUUGAAAAACCUGUUGUAUGGCCAUAAUAUAUAAUCAUUAUGUGUCUAUAUAUGGUCAUGACGUGAUGUCAUCAUGACCAUGGCAUGUCACAUGUUUUUGUCAAAUCAAAUUUGAUAUUCUGGUCAGUGCUUUAUAAUGCCUACCAUAUGACGGUAAUCCUAGCCACCAUAAAGGACAAAAUGAGAGCCUAAUUUUUAACAUUUUCGUUUGUUUUAAAUAUUAUUAUUGAUAAAUGUUAUAAUAUAAAUUUAACUUUCUUAAUGCUUUGUAGUAUGUGGUACACAUUUCCAUCAUAAACAAUAUUCGUAUAUAAUAAUAAUUACUUCCUUCAUGCGCAUAUGCCAACGUUCAUCGUGUUAAAUUUAAUUUUGAUUAUUAUAUAUCAACGAUCACAAAUUAAACACGAUUUGUGCUCACACGAGUGAUAAGAGAAAGUCAUGCAGUAGUGUAGUAUUCGUUGUCUUUUGUUCACACUCAAAACAUCAGCAGGCCAACAUAAUAUUUUAAUAUAGAACUACAUGACGAUUUUUUAAAUAUGUACUGGUAUUAAAUCAAAAAGUAUAGUAUUGUAUAGUUGUGCAUUAUGAAUACGAAGUUCUACUCUGAUUAAAUAGCCUAUGUCUCUUAACCAGUAAAA